CUUCACCACGUAGGCCGGUCAAUGCGUGAGGAGUCUCCCCAGACGAGGCAACAAACUCGGCGUAGACGACAAAGCAGCUGGUGACCAGAACAUGGCGCGGUAUCUGCGGCCUCCCAACACCUCCCUGUUCGUCAGAAACAUCUCGGACGAGUCCAGGCCAGAGGAUUUACGACGUGAGUUUGGUCGUUAUGGGCCUAUUGUAGAUGUCUACAUACCACUUGACUUCUAUACGCGACGACCAAGAGGAUUUUCCUACAUUCAGUUUGAGGAUGUCCGGGACGCCGAGGACGCUCUUCACAACCUGGACCGCAAGUGGGUGUGCGGACGCCAGAUUGAAAUCCAGUUCGCCCAGGGAGACCGCAAGACUCCCAACCAGAUGAAGUCAAAGGAGCGCCACUCCCCUCGCAGUUUCUCCCGGUACGACGAUGGCGAUCGAGAUGGUCGUCACCGACGCUCUCGCAGCCGCAGCUACGGCCGCCACAGGUCCCGCAGCCCCUCAUAUGAACGCCGCCCUCGGAGGUCUGAGAGUCCCAGAGAGUCUCGAUCAUAUGGCCGACACAGGCGGAGCAGAAGCCGUGAAAAUGAAAGGUCCAGAGGCGUUCCUCGUGAACACCACAGGACACACCGUGGCCCGGGGUCCCACAGCCGCUCAACCUCCCGCACCCCAUCCCCUUCAAGAUCCAGGCCUAAAGGUAGAAAGAGCCGGUCCAGGUCCCCCAGCCCGGCGGAGGACUUAAACCCCUCCUCCAGUUCUCAGAAACAGUCCAUGGGGCGCUCUCCAUCACGCUCCUUCUCUCGAUCCGUGUCUCGCUCACGCUCCAGGUCUUGGGCUGGCCGCAAGUCCGGAGGCCACUAACUCUUCAAUCUUCCAGGGCCUGUCGUCCCUAUCUCUUCCUAUUGCUUGUGUUCAACAUUGAGGGUGAGGUAGCAGGAAGACCACUGAUUUCCAUGUUUGCGUUGGUUAAUUGUUUGAUUCUGUUGUCAGAGCCAGUGGAAUAUGCUGCCUACACACAAAAAGCUACAGCUGCCAGAUCUUUAUUUUAGCAGCGCGAAACAAAGCAAGAUCAUCUAGGACAAUAACUGGUUCACUGUAUUAACAGAUAAGGGUGUCUUUUUGUCAAUCAAUUGGGUACCUUUUAGUGUUUACUGAGGCUAACGAUUAGAUUAUAGUCUCAGACUGUUAAGUGCUAUUUUUGUAUUUGGAGCAAGCAAUACUCUGCAUGGGUAUAUAUAUAUAUAUAUAUACCCAUAU